CUCGUCCAGACUCCGGCCAAUGGCUGCCACAGGUCGCUGGGAGGAUCUGAAUGCCCAGAACUGCCCAUCAUGUCGCCGUCGAUAAGCGCAUGCAUCGGAUGGAUGCUACAGGAUGCCACAGGAUGCCACAGGAUGCUACGUGCCUGUCCGCCAUAUCGCCCUUCGCUCCUGCCGGUUUGGGCGAUGGCACUUGAACAUGUGGCAGGAGCUAUAAAGCCCUUUCAUGGCCCAAGAUGGCUGAUCAGAAGCUCAUCCUUCCUCUCCUUCUUCCUUCACUUCUCGCUCAAGCCCAUCGCACAUCAUGCCUGUUGACAACCCCGAGACUAUUCAGGCCGGUGGUCUGGAGCACCUGGACGCCGACUAUGGUCGCCGCGUCUCCGUCUCCAAGAAUGAGGUCGUGCAGUUCGCUCGCCGCGACUCGGAAUAUGACAAUGUGCCCACGCAAGAGGAGCUUCAUGGGCCCAAUGCUCUUCGCAGAGUCGCCGCCCCCAUUCCCUGGGCCGUCUACACCGUCGCCUUCGUGGAGCUCUGCGAGCGUUUCUCCUACUAUGGAACUCAAGUUGUUUACUCCAACUUUGUGAACCACUCGCUUCCACUUCCUGCCCCCGAUGGCCCGCCAGGAUCUCACCACAAUACUGGAGCCGGUGGUGGCUCCGACCAGGGCAUAUCCGGGGCUCUUGGUCAAGGCCCUGAGACUGCCAACGGCAUCAAUACCUUCAACACCUUCUGGGUCUACUGCGUUCCCCUCCUUGGUGCUUAUAUCGCCGACGAACACUGGGGAAGAUACAAGACCAUCUGUGUCUCUAUUGCCAUUGCCAUCAUCGGUCACAUUAUCCUGGUCAUCUCCGCUAUCCCUCCCGUCAUCACCAACACGACUGCCUGCUAUGCCGUCUUCAUGCUCGGUUUGAUCAUCAUGGGAUUUGGGACUGGUAGCUUCAAGCCCAACAUCUCUCCAUUGAUCGUCGAGCAAAUCGACGUCACCCGAGCCUUCGUCAAGACCCUCCCUUCCGGAGAACGCGUGAUUGUCGAUCCCAUCAUCACGCAGAGCAGAAUCUAUCACUACUUCUACCUCUUCAUCAACAUUGGCGCGCUCGUUGGCCAAAUUGGCAUGGUCUACGCCGAGAAAUAUGUCGGAUUCUGGCUCUCGUUCCUGCUCCCUCUCGUGGCAUUCUUGACGACACCCUUUGUCAUGUGGUGGGGACGCAAGCGAUACCAACAAAGACCCCCGGCAGGCUCCGUCGUCACCAAAGCCUUCCGCUGCCUCUUCUACGGAAUGAAGGGUCGUUGGUCUUUCAACCCUGUCACCAUGUGGAAGCGGACUAGCAACGGCUCGAUCUGGGAAGCGGUUAAGCCGUCCAACAUCCAACCCUCUCAACGACCCUUGUGGAUGACGUUCGACGAUGCUUGGGUUGAUGAAGUCCGCCGUGGCUUUGCCGCCUGUGCCGUCUUCUGCUAUUAUCCACUCUACUGGCUUGCGUAUGGUCAACUGACCAACAACUUCACUGCUCAAGCCGGUACCAUGCAGCUGAAUGGUGUGCCCAACGAUGUUGUCAACAACCUUGACCCCUUCGCCCUCAUCAUCUUCAUCCCUCUCUGCGACUCAUUCCUGUAUCCUGGUCUUCGAAAACUCGGCUUUAACUUCACUGCGCUCAAGAAGAUCACGGCUGGCUUUUGGCUUGCAGCGGCAGCCAUGGUAUGGGCUGCAGUCGUCCAAUAUUACAUCUACAAGAGAUCACCUUGCGGAUACCAGGCCAACAGCUGCUUCAAUGAUGAUGGUACCGUCAACCCGGCGCCACUCAACGUCUGGAUCCAGACAGGCUGCUAUGUUCUCAUUGCCCUCUCCGAGAUCUUCGCCUCAAUCACGUCCCUGGAGUACGCAUACUCCAAGGCGCCCAAGAACAUGCGGUCUUUGGUUCAGGCUAUUGCUCUCUUCACCAAUGCCAUUUCGGCUGCCAUCGCAGAGGCUUUGAACCGUCUCUCGGGCGAUCCCUUGCUGAUCUGGAACUACGGGGUUUUUGCUGUUGUUGCCUUUGUGGGUGGCUGCUUGUUCAUCUGGCAAUUCUGGUCCCUUGAUCAACAGGAAGAUGAACUCAACUUGCUGCCCGAAGGCUUCGUUGUUGCGCAGAAGGAUAUCGAGGAGAUCUCGAUUAGCGAGCCUCAGCCACAUACAAUUGAAGAGAAGAACUAGGUGAAGAUGUCACCGCUAGAUAGUGAGAGACCAGAGUAGCUGGGAAGAAAUCCUCAUCAAUUCAAACAUCUUCAUCCCUGCGAAUAACGAA